AUGCCGGUAUUUCCUCCUCCAACCCCAUGUGCGCUCAACUCGACCUCCAGCCCCGCCCGCGACCUGUUCGACGCUAUUCCUCACCGGAAUGCGAAGCCGGUGCCAUGUCGGCGUCGGACCCGCCGCCACGGCGGCCGCACCACCAUCUCGUCCUCGUCACCCACCUUGUCCGCCGCCCGAGACCGAAUCGCCGACGACCCCACGCCCCGCUUAUUCUCCGCUCUAUUCAAGGCCGCCUCGUCCGCUUCCCCCUCCAUGGGCGCGCAGCUCCACGCGCAGGCCGUCGUCCGCGGCUUCUUGGACGAUGCGGGUAGCAUCAUCCUCCCCACCGCUAUUCUCAACUUCUACGCGUCAUGUCGGGAGCCCGACCUCGCGCGGCGGGUGUUCGACGCAAUGGCGUGCACGAAUGCCGUCACCUGGAACGCGCUCAUCAAGGGAUACGCGCAGGCGGGUCGCAGGGAGGAGGCGCUGGAGCUCUUCCUAGCCAUGAGGAGACAGAGCCAUGUCGCUCCCGACAGGUAUACGUUCCCAGCGUUGCUGUCGGGCAUUGGCAGGGAGCAAGGGGGCGGCUGCAUGCAAGAACUCGGGGGAGCCGUGCACGGGCAAGCAAUCAAAUCUGGGCUGAACAGAGAUCCAUUUGUGGGAGCUUCGCUCGUUUCUAUGUACGCAGCUAGAGGGGCACUGGACGAAGUGAAGGUUGUCUUUGAUGAUGUAGAUACUUUGGACCCAGUUGUCUGGUCUUCUUUGAUCUCUGCCUAUGUGAACUGCAAGGAGGAAGAGGGUGCUCUCCUAACUUUCUACAGGAUGUUGUGUCGAGAUAUUAAACCGAGGCAGUUCGUGUACUCGAGCAUGUUUGCUGUCUGUGGGAGCAUGUCAAUGCUGGAGAUGGGCAGGCAAGUUCAUGCCCACAGCCUGAAGAGCAAUACUGACAAGGAUGCUGCAAUGACGAAUGCACUUUUGACCAUGUACUCGGAUUGUGGAUGCAUUAGAGAUGCACUGAGAGUCUUCAAUUCAAACGAUAUUGUGGAUGUAGUAUCCUACAAUUCUAUAAUUUUGGCUCUUGGGCAGCAUGGACACCCGAAAGAAGCAACUGAGCUUUACAGGCAGAUGAACUGUGCUGGUCUGAUGCCGGAUGAUGUCACAUUAUUGAAUCUUCUUUCUGCUUUCAAUCAUGCUGGUCUUGUUCAUGAAGGCUUGCAUAUCUUCAACUCCAUGUUGGAUAUGGAGGGUAUAAAACCAACAUAUCAACAUUAUGCCUGUGUUGCUGACAUGUUGGCUCGAUCAGGACAAAUCGGGGAAGCCAUGAAAACAAUUUAUGAAAUGCCCUUUGAAGCUGAAGCACCAUUAUGGAGGAUUAUUCUGGGUGCUUGUAGCAAACACCGUGACAUUAGAACUGGUACAAAGAUUGCAGAAAUGCUGUUUGAGAUGGAACCUUAUGAAGCCACAAAUUAUAUACUACUUGGUAAUAUCUACACGAGGUUAGGGAGGUGGACAGAAGCAGAAAAGGUUAGAAAUAUGAUGGAAAAGAGAGGUAUAGAUAGGGAUGAUGCAUUUAGUUGGAUUGAGAUCAGCCAGAGGACACAUAGAUUUGGUGUUGAUGACCGUUCACACCCCAUCUCCAGAGAGAUAUACAGGAAUUUGGAUAGGUUAAUAGGUAGUAUCAAGGUUGCAGGUUAUGUCCCUGAUAUCAGUUUUGCUGCACACAACAUAAAAAAAGACAGAAGAGAAGAAUCACUACAUUACCACUGUGAAAAACUGGCCUUUGCUUUUGGGGAUUUGGCCACUCCUUCAGGAGACACUCUCCGCAUCAUGAAGAACCUUCGUGUUUGCGGUGAUUGCCAUUGUGCAUACAAAUACUUCUCCCUUAUCACAGGAAGAGAAAUAAUACUGAGAGAUAAUCACAGGUUUCAUCAUUUCAACAAGGGGGCUUGUUCAUGUGGUGAUUAUUGGUGA